AUGCACCGUGACAAACGCCAGCGAAUGUCGGACUCAAUUCCCAGCCAAAAAGACCGCAAGUACGACCGUCAGCUACGACUAUGGGCCGCAUCGGGCCAACGUGCACUCGAAGAUGCGUCCGUGUGUCUUCUGGGCUCGUCUCCAGUCGCCACGGAAACCAUGAAGAACCUGAUUCUGCCCAAUGUCGGCUCCUACACCGUGGUGGACGGUGGCAAUGUGACAGAGGACGAUCUGUCGGCCAACUUCUUCUUCGAUUCAGAUUCAAUUGGAAAAAGCAAGGCUCAAAGUGCCAGUCUGUUGCUUAACGAACUCAACAAAGACAGCACAGGCUCAUAUCUGGACCAGAAGCCCAGCAAAAUCGUAGCAUCCAACCUCUCCUACUUUGACCAGUUCAGCAUUAUCGUUGCCUCUGUUUCUUCUUUCGACAAGUACUCGGAUCUCGAGGCCCUUUCGGAGUACCUCUACUCACACUACAUCCCACUUGUGGUGAUCUCUUCGGCGGGAUUUUACGGCUACGUGCGAGUGGUAAUGAAGGAGCUCCCCAUCAUUGAUACACAUCCGGACUCGCUGGUAGAUUUGAGAUUGGAUAGCCCCUGGCCUGAGCUGAUGGAGUACGUCAACAACUUCCCAGAGCCCGAAACGGCAGCAGCACGAGAUCAUGUCCCCAUGAUUGUUUUAUUGCUCAAGACGGCUGAUAAGUGGAUCAAGGAACAUGAGGGAGGUCUUCCCACUAAGCGAGACGAGAAACUGGCAUUCAAAAAACAGGUGGAAGCAUUACGUCAGGGAGACAGCGAAAACGUGGACGAAGCAGUGGCCGCAGUAUGGAGACUGUACCAAAAGAGCAACCAGGUGCCAUCACAGAUCCGGGACCUUUUUAAUUUAUCUGCUGAAGACUCUACAGAUAGAGAUCCGACCUUCUGGACUCUGGUUGAAGCCCUCAAGGACUUUGUGGCUGAGACGGGUACUUUUCCCCUGUCCGGAACCGUCCCCGAUUUCAAGGCAUACACCAAAGACUACGUUGAUAUCCAGCGUGUGUAUAAGGACAAGGCAAACAAAGACCUGUCCAGGUUCAAGGAGAUUGUGGCUACAAAGGUGGUGGAAGUUCCUGAGACUGUGAUUGAGGAGUUCAGCAAGAACUCUCGAUUCAUCCAUCUAGCUCGAGGAACGUCUCUAACCCAUGACAUCAGUCCCGAGAGUCUAGCCCAGAUCACUUCUGAGGAUGAUGAUCUUCUGAAACUCUACUACGUCAUUCGAGCCAGCCAGAUGCUGGGGGGUAAACAGGACGCGUUUUCGAUAAUGACCAAGACUAACGAGCUGGGAGUUACUGCUGACGUAGUGGAAUACUCUCAGGAGGUCGCUCGAUACGAGGGCCGAGAGCUUCAUAACAUUUCUAGUGUUAUUGGAGGGGUGGCGUCUCAGGAGAUUGUCAAAAUUCUGGCUAAGCAAUAUGUUCCGUUGAACAACACUGUGCUCUUCGACGGCAUUGGCAGUAAGAUGGAGAAGUGGUUGUUGUAG